GACGUCGACAAGAGUCCAAGAGCUUAAAUUAUUAGGAGGUGGCGGACUCGGCCUGGCUUCGGGGGCAGGAGAGUUAAUAGCGGACUCGGUUGGGUUUUGGGGAGGGGGCGGUUACAGGCAGACUUGGCUGGGCUUCGGGAGGCAGCGGGUUAAAAGCUGAUCGGCGUGUACCUCUCCCCGCCUCCCUCCUGCUUUCCUAUCUGCCUUUGACUUUUCGCCUCUUAUGUGCGGACGUCUGUUUUGCACAGUGACGCGUACGAUUGCCAACUUUACCCGGACUGCAAGCAUCACAGCAGCGGAGGAUAUAAUGUUCAAAAAUCGGCUUUACAACCCCUGCUGGGAAUAUGAUGAUCCUUUAUUUUUGAACCUACUUGCCAUUUGAUUCCCGUCUUUCUUUCUUUAGUACAAAGUGAGCAUUUGUGGGAACGCUAAAGAAAAGUGCAGUGUACGAAAUGGUGCAGAAGUAGAAAGCGAACGAUGUGUGAUGCGGGAGCGUGCCUGUCGCCCCUAAGCCCUGCACACAGGAAGCCAGCACACACACGCUCCCUUGUGGACUGCUGUCCCAAUUCAACCUAUAGGACUGUCCUCAUCCUCCUCUUCCUCCUUCCAAGCUGAGGUGUGGGAACAACCUAGAUUUACCCCCUCCUAUUCCCGAUCAGGUAAACCUCCAGCACCAUUAUCACCAUGACAACUUCAGCCCUGCGCCGGCAGGUGAAGAAUAUCGUGCACAACUACUCUGAGGCAGAGAUCAAAGUGCGGGAAGCAACCUCCAAUGACCCAUGGGGGCCACCUAGCUCGCUCAUGUCCGAGAUCUCGGACAUGACCUUCAACGUAGUGGCCUUCACUGAGGUCAUGGGCAUGAUCUGGAAGCGCCUGAACGAUCAUGGCAAGAACUGGCGGCACGUGUACAAGGCUCUGACACUGCUUGACUACCUGAUGAAGACGGGCUCGGAGCGCGUGGCACAGCAGUGCCGUGAGAACGCCUUCACCAUUCAGACGCUCAGGGACUUCCAAUACGUGGACCGCGAUGGCAAGGACCAGGGUGUCAAUGUUCGCGAGAAGGCCAAGCAGCUGGUGGCUCUCAUGCGGGACGAGGAACGGUUACGGACAGAGAGGGCCCAGGCGCUCAAGACUAAGGAGCGCAUGGCGGGGGCCACGUCAGGCAUGGGCUCGGGCUCGGGCUCGGGCUCGGGCUCGGGCUUGGGCUCGGGCUUGGGCUCGGGCUUGGGCUCGGGCUCAGGUUCAGGCUUGGGCUUGGGCUCGGGCUUGGGCUCGGGCUCGGGCUCCGCCGCCCUGCCCUCCUACCCCAGCCGGCGCACAAGCCAGCCCAGCAUGGCUGCCCUCUACGGGGAGGAGUUCAGCCGCUCCCGGGGCUCCCCCUCCUCUUUCAACUCCUCCUCAUCCUCUCCACGAGUCCCAUCUGACCUGGAGCAGUCUCGCCCUCAGACCAGCGGGGAGGAGGAGCUGCAGCUACAGCUGGCAUUGGCUAUGAGUCGGGAGGAGAAUGAGAAGGAGCAGCGCACCCGCCAGGGAGAUGAGUCCUUACUUCAGAAGGCGCUAGAAGCCAGCCGGCGGGAGAGCGAGUCGGGGACAAGGGAGUCGGCAAUGAUGGACCUGGUGGAUAUUUUUGGACCAGUUUCUGCUGUCCCUGUGGACAGCGAGCCCUGGGAUUCUCAGGCCGUCAGCCUACCAACCUCUGAUCCCUGGGAUUCUGUUAGUGCCGGUUGUGCGCUCCACCACGCCUGUCUUUGGCAGCCCCUGGAUGGCACCGCCUCUGUCCAGCAGCCCCUCUCAGGCUUGGGUCCCCAGAUAUUCUCCUCCGGACCCCUGGGAGGCCCAGCCCACUGCCCCCAGUCCCAAUCCCAUCAGCCAUGCCUGGAGUUCGCCUGCUCACACCGCAGUAAAGCAGCCUCAUCCCAGCCGACUUUUGCUGCAGGUGCCUCUGGUCUGGACCCCUUCUCAGUUCCCAUGGAGGUCCCUAAAGAGCCAGAAGCCCCCCCGCAGUUGUUUCUCCCCCGCCCUGGAAGUCCUGGAGGUGUGGAGAGGGUGUCCGGGGGUCAGAUGAAUGGGAGGGGCGGUGGCAGCCCAGAGCUCUUUGACCUGUCCCGACUCGGGGACACCCUGGGCAACCCGAGCCCCCGGAGCUGCCACACUCCAGAGGCAUUCCUGGGCCCCACGGCAGCCUCACUGGUCAACCUGGACACACUGAUCCCCUCCAACCCCACAUCGAAGAAUAAGAACCCUUUCUUAUCGGGACUGAGCGCCCCCUCGCCCACCAACCCCUUCCACAGUGACCAGCCUCGGCUCACCCUUAACCAGAUGCGCCCAAGCUCCACGUCGCCACUGCCUGGCCCCGCCUUGCCCUACAGCGCCUCCCUGCCCCUGCCUUUGAGCCGCCAGUCCCCAGCACUGACCUCCUCCUUCACCCAGCCGCCCACCUUGGCGGCCGUGGGGCCUCCGGGCCUCCUGGAAGUGCCUGGGAACCUGCCCCAGCCCCUGCUGCCCCUGUCCCCUGCAGCCGCACCGGGAGACCACCUCAGCGGGAACCCCUUCCUGUGAGUCGGACCUGAGGCUUCUGUGGUGCUCCUCCAUUGCCGGACUCACUGAGUUUCUUUUCACUGGAGUCUCUCUUCGGCUUGGCCCCUGCUCCCCCCAGGUCGCUCUGGGAUUAGGGUUAGGGUUAGGUUUAGGGUUAGGGUUAUGUGGUUACCUGAGUGCGUGUGCCUGUGGGUUUGCUGCUUGACAGCUGCUAAGCCUUCAUUUCUAAACGCCUUAGUCAAAUAAUCCUGUAAGAUAAAUGCUCUCCAGUGUUUUAUGAGGAUAACCAAAAGAACAGGAUCAUUGUUUUUCAUUAGUUAUUCCACUAAUAUUCUAUUUCAUAGAAAUUCAAAAAUUUGGCAUGUGCAGAAAUAAGUGAUCAUGGAGAUUUGUAAGCAGAUGUUUCCAGUAGAUUCGACAUUUCUGCUUACUUAAAGAUAAGAUACUUUCUCAUACAUGGAAUGCUUAGAAGAGUUUCUCAAACGCUGACCUACUAUCCAGCUCGUCAUUCUGGAGACAUGUAGGUCCCUGCAGAUCUUUGUUUCUGGGCUUCUGCUUGGCAUCCAGUCUAGAUUUUUCAGUCCCUCUCUGGAUGGUUUCGAAGGACAUCCACACUGUCACACACUGCUCUACAGUGUUGUCCAGUGUGGAAUGUGACUUUUACACUGGAUUGAUGAACCUUCUGGAAUGACUGUGUAAGCAGCAGACAUGACAUACCUCUGCGGGCUGGCAUUAUGAGUUACACUAAUGAGUGCGGCUAAUCUGACCACAUUUCAGAUAAGCACACCCAAACUCGUGCAGAUAAUUGGCCCUUGAUUACCCUGGUACGCAAUUAUUUAUCCAUUUUUACAUUUAACAUAUAAAUGUGCUAAUUAAUGCGUCUCAUUUAUUUCUGCACUUGCAUUGACUCUUAUGUAAAUACGGUAAAAAUGUGACAUUUCCAAAGCUACAUCAGAGGCUCAUAAACUGUUAAUUAGGACAGCAUGGCUCGUGUGUGUGCAUGCGUGUGUACGUAUGCGUGUGUGCGCAUGCGUGUGUAUGCGGGGGCGAGCGCAGUUGGCAGGGUGCAGUGCUUUGCACACCCUGAGGUGGGUAACUUGGAGCUGAGCAGCUGAGCUGCACACCGACUAACAUGAUCCAUCAGACCCCAGGCAAGUAUGCAGAACUAGUCCAAACCUGAAUCACAAACACCCACAAUGCACUGGGCAGUAGCUACCCACAAGUACCUUGCCCAGCUGUUACAGUACGUCUCACCAGUUAACCCAGAAACCCAGUCAGUGGACUGCUUUACGGGGACUUACACACUACAGCGCCAUCCUACUUAUAAACAGCUGACAGCUUGGGGAGGAGCUGGGGACAGAGCGAGAGAGAGAGCGAGAGAGAGAGCGAGAGAGAGGGAGAGAGCGAGAGACUUUGCACCAGCCUUUAUUAAGUCAGUCAACAACAGAAAAAAACCCCUACUGCAACUUCAAAUCGCAAGAUGGGUCGUUAUCACAAAAUCAGACAAAUGGAAAACAAAGUAAACAAUCAACCACAAAAAAACAGGAGAAAAUAACCAGGGCAGCAAACAAAAAAAGGAAAAAAAGAAAAACAAUACAAUGGGCCCAAAAAAAAAACAUACGACGGGCCAAGGAAAUAAUCAACACCUUCAAGAUAAUAUUAAAACUUCAAGAUUAAGUCCCCAUCAUGGGUCAAGUCACAUAGAACCCCACCAUAACCCCACACCUCCGAAAAAGUCACAAGGUUGUGAGUCACCCCGAACAAAGCAUGUUCAAUUCUCAUGCGGGCUGCCACCAAGCCCUUCAUCAUGAGGGUAGGAUUCGUCGAUCCUGCCCCCUUCAUUCUGUUCCUCCGGGUCAGCCAGAGACUCAUCUUAGCCUGACCCAGCACGAAGUUCAGCAGACACGCCUUAGCCUUCUGGGAACUACAGUAUUUUGGUCCAUAAAUGAAGAGCUGAACAGAAAAAACCUCCCCAAAACCGACACACCACUCCUCCAGGACCUCAAACAAAUCAUAAAGCCGAUUGCACCUCAGAAACAGAUGCUCCAUCGUUUCCUCCGCAGGACAAAAAGGGCAAUCCCUCCCAACUGUAGAGUCAAUGUGCGAUACGUGUCUGUUCGUAGCCACUGCCCCAUGCACAAUCCGCCACUGAAAAUCCGCUGUGCGCUUCUCAAUGGGGGACUUGUACAGGGACCUCCAACGUCCUUGUGGGGAAGAUCCAGGCCCCAACAAACCUGAGCACCUGGAAACCGUGAGUUCACUCAGCGCCUGAAAAUGCAGCACUUUAACACAGGCUUGAUACAGAGCUUUCUUGGACAGAUGGACACGAAAGAAAGCAGCAACCCCACCUCCUCCCGAUGACCCUCUACAGCAGGAGAGACCCUGAUCAGGGGAGAAAAAGAAAGGGGACCACUGCUCCCUCCUGACUUAAGCACCAUCCUUGCUGCCUCUGGUAGCGCACAGACAAUGUCCUCCAGAGCUUUCCGAAGAAGUCGGCCAGACUGAACCCCAGUCACAGCCCGCAGGUUAUCCAAUGUCCUCCAGGAGCCACCGACCCUGAGGCACCCCAGCUUCGUCAGAGAAAGAGAAAGGGAGAGAGAGAGAGAGAGAGAGAGCACCCCCAAAUGUUAGUUCUGCUCUAUCUCAGUCGGCCAACUUAGUGUUUCUUUGCUUUUUGUUUUUUGCAGAAAGAGGAUUUAAAACUGUCAGUGUUUGGAUUCAGCAUUACAAGACCCACAUAUUGAAAGAAUGUAUUGAACUGAAGUGGUGUUACCAGGAAAUAACCAGAAAUUGUCAAUUAAAUAUGAAUAUAUAAACACAUAAAUUCCAUUUGCAUUUUAUUGCAGUGCUUCUUAACCAAGCCAGUCACUGAUUGCUCAGCCAUUGCAAUUCGCUGUGUGCGGUUAAUGUUUCAAAAAUAUCACGACUAGUGUAUAAUUUUUUAGUUGUUUUUUGAACAUUUUGCACAAACAUGAACCGUAUGUAAAGUAUCACUAGUGCAAAAUGCCUUCUAAAUGCCCAUUUGUGCCCCCCUCAGACUAACAGUGGUACUGCAGUAGGACAGGUGGGGUGACGGUGCUGAGUGAGAUGAGCAGCUGCCUGGUUCUGCCGUCGCUCCUUGUGUGUUUGUGUGCUGAUUUUAUUUCCCAUGCAGGUAGUGUUGUUGUGUGGAGUAGAGCAAGAAAUGCCCGCUUCCAUUCUGUCAUCACACCAUCAUGUUGAAUCUCUGCCCUGGUAUUGGGUAAGAGACUCUCCAGAACAUUACAGGAAAUGAUGGGGGCAGCAUGAUGUCAGUACUUCACAGAAAGCAGGCUUCCCAGAACUCCCAUUGCCUGGAAAGGUAGGGGCUGAUGUAAUGGACUCCACGCCCACACCUUCCCAACGGCAAACGCCAUCAGUUACGCAUAUGACUGUAUGUGUGUCUCUAUGUGCUGUUCGAUGUUUUUUGUUUUAUUAUGAAAAUAGAGUUUCAGUUAUGGUGUUA